UUCAAGAAAUCUCUCAGUCGGUGUUACGCAAGUCUGUGACAAGCUUUCCUUCCCAGAGGUAAUAAGCUCUGGUGUUGCAGGUGCUUGAGUCGGUUGUGUAUUGUUUGUAUUGCUGGUAAGAUGGCAUGGCAGGCAUUCAUCCUGGACAAGGUCAAAAACUUCUCGUGUGACUCUCUUCCGGCAUUCACUCAUGUCUUUGGGAACACUGCACUUUCUCUGAUCCUCUUUGGAAUUAAAACCUUAAUGGAAAAGGAGAUAAAGUGCCCCUGUGAGCAGCAUUUGAAUCUCUACUACAUCUUAGUAACAUUUGUUGUCCCCGUAAUUGUGUUGCUUAUCCUUGGUUUCAUGCUGCAAUGUAAUUUAUUGAAGCAGUUUUGCAAACACCAGGAGCUGUGCUGUUCUACUUUCCUGUUGGUGUUAAAAGCAUCAACUCCAGCAGUUGUAUGGAUUGUUCUACUCUUCCUGGAUGGUGAUUACUAUUCCUGCUCAAAAUUAAUUGGUAAAAAUGAAACUCAAUGCGGAUUGAAAUGCAAUGAGAAGCCCCGCGCAGCUCUAGAAAAGCACUGCAUUACAUCACAACUCAUCGGUGGUAUGGUACUGGUCUCAUUUUUAAUUGCAUUGUUCAUUGUCCACUGUUUUCGAUGCAAAUAUAAUGACCACGACAUGGAAUAUGUGUUGGAGUUUGGAAACAUAUGUGAAAAGGAGAAGGGUAACCUGAUGAUGGAGAAACUGAAAGACAAAGCACUGAAGCACGCAGAAGAAGAAUGUGAAAACACGUUGUCUACACUAUUCCCCAACAAUGCAUCAUCUCAUUGUGCAGCUCAAACAAGAGAAAUUGAGGAAACUUUUCCACUCAAAGAAAGUGCAUCAAAUCUCUGAAGAAUAAUUUGCAACGCACCCAGCAACUAACAGAAUGGACUUUAUGAUGAAGAGACCCAUCACAAAUUAACCCUGCAAUGAACAGUUUGUAAAAGAGCAAUUUCCAAUUCCAUUUUAUGUGAAGGAAGGAAUAACCAAAAUGAAAUUUCUCUUCACACACAGAAUGAAGUCAGCAAUUGAUCUUUAAAAUAUUGUUUAUUACAAGUGGACAUCUUUUACUAUGCUGCAUUGUAUAAUCAGAAACUGAGAAAUUAAUUUCAAGAGUAAUUUAUGACUAAUCAUUUCUGAAAUGCUAUGUUGUAUGUAUAUUGAUAGGAGGCAUCAAAAUCCAAUAAUCAAUCAACUGUGAAUAUAGUCAACUAAGACAGCCAGAGCUCAAUGUAUUUUCCUGUAACCAAUCUGCACAAAAUAAAAAUGCAAGUCUGCAAGUAAA